GUUAAUGAAACCACAUUCGAAGGCUCGACAAUCCUUGAGGGCUGGGCACAGUAUUUUGAGAACUUAGGUGCAUCUUCCAUCCCACCUGCUGAAGACCUAGCCUGCCGCCUAGAGAUCUUUCAAUUAUUCCAGAGUCUCCCUGAUGUUGAACCAGACUUGAUCUGUGCAGUAGAAGUUGGAACGCUGAUAUCCUCCCUCCCCAAAGGGAAGGCUGCUGGCCCUGAUUACCUCAGUAAUGAACAUCUGAUUUUCUCACACCCCAUAAUUGCCAACACUCUAGAAAUUCUUUUCAAUGCCAUCCUGAUAUCAGGUCACAUCCCAUCUAUAUUCCAUCAAGGCCUCAUCGUCCCCAUCCCCAAGCGGAGGAAUUCUGAUCUGUCCAACCCCUCCAACUUCAGAGGCAUAACUCUUCUGUCAGUCAGUAGUAAAGUAUUUGAGAAACUCAUCUUGACUCGUCUCUCCACUAAAUCGCCACUGAUCCACCCACUACAAGGAAGCUAUCCGGUCGUUACGUGAUCAGAAGAAGAAAGCUUAUGUGGCAUUCCUUGAUGCGAAGAAGGCAUUUGAUACAAUGGUCUGCUCCUAAAGCUACUCCAGUUCGAGUUUCCCAAGUAUCUGUGGAUUAUUGUUCACAACUGGUACCAUCACUGCACCUCAUCUGUUCUGUGGAACUCCAACACCUCCCGUUCUUUCCCAGUACAGCAGGGGGUGC